GUGGGGGUCUGGAGGUCCAUCCCAGGCACCGGGGGCACUGUGGCCCAAGCCCACCCUGCUCCAGGCACUCAAGGAGCUGGGGAAGGGGCUGGGGGGAGACAGCCUCAGCCGUGGCUAGCCCAAGGGCAUUGCUCUGGGGGGCAAAGGGUGGAAUGAAGAUCAGCAGGCUGGGGGAGACCCCGGGGGGCUUGACCCCUUUCCUCCUUCUUGCCUGCAGAGUCAAUAGCAGUAGCACUGUCUCUGGGACCCCCCCAACACCCCAGAACCUUACCGCGUGCGGUCCUAGGUCCCCAGGUUGUCCCACUCUGGGACUCUUGAACCUCAAGACUCCCCAGACCCCCAAGUCCUAGCAGGGAAGCUUGGAAAAGUAGGAGGUUGGGAGUCCCCAGGCCUGGACCCGACCCUAGGUCUGCCACCAAGGGGCCACUCUCCCCAGCCACGUACCCCAAUUUCUCUCUUGUGUAAACAUCAAAGGUUGGACCUUGUGUUCUCCAAGGCCUGUCACUGUGUCUUCUUUGGCCCCCAACACAGGCUGUGGAUGGGGAGAGGGGGCCAGAUCAGAAGAACCCUCCACCACCAUGGUUUGGGGAGCAAGGUGGGGGCCUGGGGAGGGCCUAGGACAGGAGAAGCAGGGGUGAGGCAUGGAUGGGCCGAGCUAAAGCUGGGUAGGGGGCAUGAACGUCGUCCUGUGCUGACACAGACCCCCAACCUGGCCUGCAGAAGAGCCACCCCCAUUGCCCCUUGGCCAGAACCCCCUCUGAGGUUCUUUCAGGAAAGAUGCUGCAUCUCAGUGAGAGGUUCUUGCUCAGGGUGAAACAGAGCAGGUGCGAUCAGACAGAUGGGACUUGGGGGGGUCGUGCCUGAAACGCCACUCGUGCCUUGAAGCCUUGAGCAAGCUCUGUCACAACGCUCGAGUCUGGGAAAGGGGGGCUCUGGCUCCCACGCCCACAGAGGUGGGAUAAAACGAGGCCCUGAGAGCACUGGUGGCUCUAAGUUGCCUGUGGCCCUGCUGUUUCCUCGGGGCACCCCGCCCCUCGAGUUGCCCCACCAGCCCUGCUCAGACAAAGGGGGCCCAGCCUUGUGUCUGCGGAAGCUUAAUGGCAGGUUCAGGCCAUCAGGUUUGAGUCAUGGAGACGGAUAAUGAUAACUGCAGCAUGUGUCCUGGGCGGUGUUGUGUGUGCACCUCGUUCCAUGGGGGCCCCUGGGCCUUCCAUGGGGACCUUGCCCACACCCUGGCUCCUGGGCUCUGGUCCUGGGUGUAUGCUUCUGGUCCUUGACUGUGGUCCCUCACCAGUGGGUGGUGGAGCUUCCACUGCUGUGAGCUGGGCUCGGUCAUGAGGUUGGUCCCUGCCUGCAUGUGUGGCAUUCCUGCCACAGUCCCCAGGGUCACUGUUCUUAGGCUGGGCAGCUGAGCAGUGUUCCCUAGAAGGGACAGGUUUUCUGGGCAGGGAGAACCUAGGGGCUGGACCUGGCAGAGGGUGUCUGACCGGCUCCCUGGCCCUGGAUCUGCCCUCAGUUCAGUGGAUGCCCGCACUGUGCACACCCCAGAAUGCCCCCAGGUGUCCCUUUUGGUGGCUGCAAUAUUCAUGCAGCCCCUGGGGGCUGCUGAGCUGCCCCUGGUGACAGAGACUGGCUAAUGCACUGGGGCGUUUCUCCUCUGCUUUUUGCUUAGGACAGGGUGUGACUGAGCGUGAGGGACUGACAUGUGCCGGGGAUACUGUACUUGUGAAUCCCCUAGCGUGCGCCUGCUCCUGGGUGAGUCAGAGAGCCCAGGAGCCAGGGUGUGGGCAGGCAUGUGCCCGUGUUGCAUGCCAUCACUGGCAGCCUCUGGGGGGAUUAAGGGCUGCAGUGGACUGCCCCACCCUCAGCAGGAUGGGCAGGGCCUGCAGCCUGUAUCCCUGCCCCACCCUGUCCCCGUCCCUGCCUAGGAGUCACCCUAAGGCCUUCAGGGCCAGUUGGGACCAAAAAGAGACGCAUGGAGGUGUCAGAGAGACUGAUGGGUGUGGGCGGGCCUGCGGUCCAGAGACCACCCCUUGCUGUCCAGCCUGUGCCCAGUGACAGGCUAUCAGGAGGACGGCAGGCUCUCAGAACCCACGGGAAAUUGGGCUGUGUAGGCUGUGGAACAUGGGUGCCAGGAGGGUAGGCCUUGCUGUCUCCCUUCCCUUCCCUUCCAGCCUCAGGAAGAGAGGAGGAUUUCUUGGGAGGCCACCCUGCAGCCUGGCUGUGGGGGUGACGUUCCAGCUUGUGGCCCAUGCCCACCCCGCUAUGACUUGCCCCUGGCUGUCCAAAUCUAGAAUAAUGAUACCUUGGUCUGAAAGGAAGCCCAGGGACAAACAGAGUGGGCAGGCCGCCCAGGGGCCUGGCAACCCAGCCCUGGCCGUGUGGUAGGUGCCACCCUGGCUUUCUCCCUGGGAGCCGCAUCCGCAUCCUCUGCUCCUCGCCAUCCUGGCACCCCGCCCCAAUCAGAGCCCAGGUGUCUGUCCUCUGCCUCAGGCCCUGGGCAUCAGCCCACCUGGAAACCCUUGUGCCCCGGUCAUCCCACCCCCUCCCCGGGGCUGAGCAGCCUUCCACUGCACCACUCCCUGCUGCCUCUGGGCCCGUAACCAGAGCCAGGCUCCAGCCGGCUUUUCCGGUUGGAGGUUGGAGGAGGUGCCCAGAGCGCCCCUGAAGGGGGUGGGGGCCCACACCCCGGAAGUCCUGGGCCCGGGGGCACUCUCUGCUCCAGGGGCGGAGGGAGCCUGGCUGUAGGGACACCGGGUUUCCGGAGACGGAGCAGCAGAGCGAGUGUUCCUCGGGCUGCUCCGUGACAAGGGGUGGGAGGAGAUGCCUGGGGAAGGCCACACGCACAAGCCGGGGGACGGCCGCCCGUCCUGAGCUCUGAGCGGGCAGGCGGCAUCAGAACAGGACCAGGGGCCGGGCAGCACAAGUGGCAAGAUGAUUCCGGUGGCAGAGUUCAAGCAGUUCACGGAGCCGCAGCCGGCCUUCAAGUUGCUCAAACCCUGGUGGGAUGUGCUGGCCGAGUACCUCACCGUGGCUAUGCUCAUGAUUGGGGUCUUCGGCUGCACGCUCCAGGUGACGCAAGACAAGAUCAUCUGUCUGCCCAGUCGUGAACCCUGGGAGAACUUAUCAGAGGCUCCGUGCCAGCAGCUGCUGCCUCACGGGGUCUCCGAGCAGCUUGGGGGCCCCCGGGAGGUAAGCGGCCUCAAGAACAACCUGGACCUGCAGCAGUAUAGCUUCAUCAACCAGCUCUGCUACGAGACGGCGCUCCACUGGUACGCCAAGUACUUCCCCUACCUGGUCGUCAUUCACACGCUCAUCUUCAUGGUCUGCACCAGCUUCUGGUUCAAGUUCCCAGGCACCAGCUCCAAGAUCGAGCACUUCGUCUCCAUCCUGGGCAAGUGUUUCGACUCGCCGUGGACCACGCGGGCCCUGUCCGAGGUCUCUGGGGAGAAUCAUGAGGCAUCCUCGGCAGGGCUGGGGAAGGCAGGUGAGGGCGAGAAGGAGAAGGUGCUGGCAGAACCUGAGAAGGUGGUCACUGAGCCUCCGGCCGUCACCCUGUUGGACAAGAAGGAGGGCGAACAGGCCAAAGCCCUGUUCGAGAAGGUCAAGAAGUUCCGCCUGCACGUGGAGGAGGGGGAUAUCUUGUACACCAUGUACAUCCGGCAGACGGUGCUCAAAGUCUGCAAGUUCUUUGCCAUCCUGGUCUACAGCCUCAUCUACGUGGAGAAGAUCAGCUUCCUGGUGUCCUGCCAGGUGGACACCUCCGAGGUCACGGGCUACGUCCGCUUCUGCUGUAACCACACCAAGGCCCACCUCUUCUCCAAGCUGGCUUUCUGCUACAUCUCCUUCGUGUGCGUCUACGGCAUUACCUGCCUGUACACGCUCUACUGGCUCUUCCAUCGGCCCCUCAAGGAAUACUCCUUCCGUUCUGUGCGGGAGGAGACCGGCAUGGGUGACAUCCCAGACAUCAGGAAUGACUUCGCCUUCAUGCUGCAUCUCAUCGACCAGUACGACUCACUGUACUCCAAGCGCUUCGCCGUCUUCCUCUCCGAGGUCAGCGAGAGCCGCCUGAAGCAGCUCAGCCUUAAUCAUGAGUGGACGCCCGAGAAGCUGCGGCAGAAGCUGCAGCGCAAUGCUCAGGGCCGGCUUGAGCUGGCCCUCUGCAUGCUCCCAGGGCUGCCGGACACUGUCUUCGAGCUCAGUGAGCUGGAGGCGCUCCGCCUGGAGGCCAUCAGCGAUCUCACCUUCCCCCCGGGCCUCUCACAGCUGGUAAACCUGCAGGAGGUCAGUCUGCUCCACUCACCCACCAGGCUGCCCUUCUCCUCCCAGGCCUUCCUGCGGGACCGCCUGAAGGUCGUGCGCGUCAAGUGCGAGGAGCUGCGCCAAGUGCCCCUCUGGGUGUUCGGGCUGCGUGGCCUGGAGGAGCUGCACCUCGAGGGGCUCUUCCCCCCGGAGCUGGCCCGGGCAGCCACCCUCGAGAGCCUCCGGGAGCUGAAGCAGCUCAAGGUGCUGUCCCUGCGGAGCAACGCCAGCAAAGUGCCAGCCAGCGUGACUGAUGUAGCGGGGCACCUGCAGCGGCUCAGCCUCUACAACGACGGGACCCGUGUGCUCACCCUGAACAGCCUCAAAAAGCUGGUGGCGCUGCGGCAGCUGGAGCUGGUGGCCUGCGGGCUGGAGCGCAUCCCUCACGCUGUGUUCAGCCUGGGUGCACUGCAGGAACUUGACCUCAAGGACAACCACCUGCGGUCCAUCGAGGAGAUCCUCAGUUUCCAGCACUGUCGGAAGCUGGUCACGCUCAGGCUGUGGCACAACCAGAUCGCCUACGUCCCGGAGCAUGUGCGGAAGCUCCGGGGCCUUGAGCAGCUGUACCUCAGCCACAACAAGCUGGAGACCCUACCCGCCCAGCUGGGCAUGUGCUCCAGCCUCCGACUGCUGGACGUCUCCCGCAACGGGCUGCACUCCCUGCCGCCCGAGCUGGGCCUCCUGCAGAAUCUGCAGCACCUGGCGCUCUCCUACAAUGCCCUGGAGGCCCUGCCCUACGAGCUCUUCUUCUGCCGCAAGCUGCGGACGUUGCUUCUCGGCUACAACCAUCUGAGCCAGCUCUCGCCCCAGGUCGGGGCCCUCACGGCCCUCAGCCGCCUAGAGCUCAAAGGCAACCGCUGGGAGGCGCUGCCCGAAGAACUGGGCAACUGUGGGGGUCUCAAGAAGUCAGGGCUCUUAGUGGAGGACACUCUUUACGAGGGCCUGCCGGCAGAGGUGCGGGAGAAAAUGGAAGAGUGAAGCCAGGGUCGGGGGCAGGCUGAGGUACUCCUGGUGGUUCACCCCAGAAUCUCUACUACUGUCUUCUCGGGAGGUGGUCCGGUGGGCCCAGGCCAGGAGAGGAAGAGCAGAUGUGAGCCUUGCGGGGCCUGAGCCAGAUCCUGUGACUGGUUUGUCUGGGGAGGGAUGGGAAUCUGUGGAUUUGGGGUGGAAUGUCACAGAGAGAUUAACUCAGGAUUCACAGACCAAAACCAUGCCUGUGUCUUUGGCUGGCUGGUCUGCUCCCAGCCCUGGGCCAGAACUGCUGCCCUUUCCCCCUGGAUGUUCAGUUAGUGCCACAUAUGGGGGAGGGUCACAUCCCAAUGGGAUUUCAACCCUUUCCCCCUGACCAACCCCAGAUCUGGGGUUCUCUCCCAAGGAGGGCACACAGACACAGGGGACCAGUGUGGACCCCCCUCUCCACAACUCUGAUGCUAAUCAUUAUUUAUAAGUUGUUGGCCAAUGAUACCUGCACAUACACAAACUCAGAAAAAUGGUUCUCAUAUUUGGUGGUGCAUCAAAAUCAACAUCCCCAAAACAGAACAUCUGGGGCCCCACCCCUGAAAGACUGACUCAGGAAGUUCCUGGCCUGGAAAUAAGCAUCCCACAGGGUUCUGAUGCAGGUGGUCCUUAGUGCUGUCUAUUGGGCAAUGCUAACUGACAGCACAGAUGUCCAGAUGUCUAGAGCAAGGAUUCUGAACCUUUUUAAGUCCUAGACCCUUUGAGCAGCUGAGAAAAGCUGGACACCUCCUUCCUCAGGAAAAUGCUCAUGUACGAGCCACGUUCUGCAAACAAUUUAAGCAGUCAAUGGAUACCCCCAAGCCCCUCAACAUAUCCAUUCAUGGACGUCCUAAGGUUGGCAUACCCCAGGGCUCAGAACAUCUGUGGAUAUUACAUUUCUCUGAGGAUGGGCACAAGCUUUACCUUUCCAAUAUUACCUGUGCCAGGCAGCAUAUACCAGUAGGUGCUUAAUAAAUAACACUAAUUACAAGAACCAAAAUUCUUAUCUCUGGUGUCCAAGCCUUCUGUUUCACCAACUACAGUUAAGUGGUGACACUCACAUGCCAGGAUCGAGGGUGGGAGUCUCCUGGGAAUAGAGGGACAGAGGGCCCUUAACAAAUCAGGAGAAAUUAGGCGGCAUCUUCUGCCUAGCUUUUUUUCUGAAGGACCUCUUUUCCUUUGCCUUCCCUGUGAUUCUCCUGACUACACACUUUUGUAUCUGCUCCAUUCAGAAGUCACCAAAGAAGACCCCACACACCUUCAACGCCCAGCAGUGUUCCUGAGCUGGACUGGGAGAGGGCAGGGCUCUGGGCUCAGCCAGUCUGACUCUGACCGCUUGAGACUGGACACCUCUUAGGUGUCUGCAAAAUGCGCGUGUCCUCCUGGCAACUGAGAGCACAGGCAAGUUGCCCUCUAGGAACUAGAAUUUUGGAUAGGGACGUUUCCCCAGCACCCAUCAGACCAGUUAAAGAAAACGUCUAGGCUGCUGAGACGCCUAACCCCAGGGCGCGUCUUGUGCAUAGUCCAGGAGCUGGGCACAUUCCAGGGCGGGACAGAUGGAGGGCGGGGUCUUUAAUAAAGUCCCACGCGGGUCUGACCUGGAGCUCUGGCUUUGUCCUUGGCCCUGUCGCUUAAGUCAGGGUCAUGCCGCUGGAUUCCUGGGGCUCUGACAGCGGCCCGAGCCCUAUGCGGCCUCUGCCGUUUGUCCUUGGGCGACACUGAGCUUGCUGAAAUGGAAAGGGAAUCCCACGGGUGCCUAAUUAGGGUGAGAAGGCAGCAAUUAAGCAUAACAGGAUCCUAAUGAAGUGCUAUCUGAGACAAGAAAGGCAAUUCUGAGAGGGCGUGGGUGCCAGAAAACAGGUCCGGCCACCUAAGAGCCAGGAAGAGACUGAGGUCACAGCAGGAGAACACCGGCAAGAGCCUCUGAGAGCUAAGGCUGCGCGUGCGCACCAGGAGCCACACGCUUGAUUUCGUCUCCCACUCUAUAAGCAUGCG